UUCUCACCGCUUCCUUUUCUCAAGUUUUCUUCUAUAUCGAAGAAAAUAUGGGUGUGAAAGGGAAGUUGAUUGCUUCAGUAGAGGUGAAGUGUGGAGGACACCUGAUUCAUGACAUUUUUCAUACCAAUACUCAUCAUAUAUCCAACAUAAGUCCUGGUAAGGUUCACAAAUUUGAUAUUGAUGAAGGUGAAACCGUAAAAGUUGGUUCGAUUGUUAGCUGGAAAUAUAAUGACGAUGGAAACGAUAAGAUAUGUAAGCAGGUGAUUGAAGCUGUGGAUCAUCAGAAUAAAUCAAUCACUUGGAAAGUGAUUGGAGGAGAUCUGUUAGAGUUGUACAAUUCCUUCACUAUGAUCUCAUCCCAUGACCAUCAAUGGACUACAUGGACAUUUGUGUACGAGAAGAAAACUGAAAACACUCCAGAACCUCUCGUUUUCUUGGGUUAUGCCCUACAUGUCACCAGAGAUAUAGAGGGUCACCUUCUCAAGUAAUAAUAUAUA